UCCCCCUUUCUCUCUCACAUUCUCAGAUUCAGAAAAAUGGAAGACCGACCAUUAGAACUCACCGUGAUCGCUGCAAAAGAUAUAAAAAAUGUCAAUUUCUUCCGCAAGAUGGACGUCUACGUCGUUGUUACCCUUAGCGGCGAAUCCCUGAAAAAGAAACAGAAAACCCCGAUCGACAAGAAAGGUGGGAAGAACCCUAGAUGGAAUUUCCGGAUGAAAUUCAAUAUCGACGAAGCCGCGGCUCUAAAGACCGGUCUUGUCCUCAUCUUUCAACUCCGUUGUAAUCGCAGAUUCGGCUUCAAUAAAGAUAUCGGCGUAGUAUACGUCCCCGUCGAGGACCUCCUCCAUAAUCCAGGGAAUGGCAAAUCCGCCCAAUUCAUUAGUUAUCAGGUCAAGACAUCUUCUGGUAAGCCCAAAGGCCAAUUGAAUUUCUCAUACAAGUUCGCCGACAAAAUUACAGCCCCGGCAUCGACCGUAUCGAAGGGAGAUGAACCUGUCACCGCCGGGAAAAGUGUGGCGCACCCGCCACCUUGGUCUGGCGGUGGUUAUUAUCCAUAUCCGCUGCAGGGGGUUUACCAACAUCCACCGUCUCCACCAGGGUAUGGUUGUUAUCAACCAGCGCCGUAAUAGGGUUACGGGUAA